AUGCUUCAUUCAGCCUUGCGCAGUAUUCAUCCCGUUCGAAUCCCCUGGCUGGUCACCGUCCCAGCAAACUACGCAGAAGCGGCUGUUCCUAGGUCCCGAGGGCCGUCUAGCAGAGAAGAGGAAGGGGAAAUAACGUACCAAGCAGACGCAGCGCGGAUCAUGCAACGUGGGAACGACCGCGGCGAGAUCCAGUUCAACUUACCAACAUUUGUGUACGUGCACCUAGGCAAGGCCGACGCAGCAGGAAACCUCCUCAAACAAGCCAAUAACCUAGUAGUAGACCUGGGCAUGUGCUCGGCGGACGAAAUCCCGCUCACCAACCCCAUGAAGCACUACGGUCCGCACGGUAUCAUGCGCGCCUCAUAUAAAUGUCGAUGGGGGCUUGUUGAAGCUGCAUUGGAAGACGUUAUCGCAUUCAAAAACGCCUUCCUGUACCCGUGGGCGAGGUAAUGAGGCUGGAAAUUGAGAUCUGGCCCACGGGGAUGGUGUUUGAGACUGGAGAGAGGCUUGUUGUGAAGGUGUCUGAGCAUUUUAUGGCCCCUGUGGAGUUUGAGGCGUUGCAGGGUACAUUCCCGGUGUGUAAUAAGAGGUCGCAUGUAAUAUACCAUGGGGGUGAGCGGGCCAGCUAUGUUGAGGUCCCGGUGGUUGAGUCGUAACUUCAACUUCAUCUAGGUAUAGUAUCGGGUCACAUAGGGUUGUUCCUGUCGUGCUGAUCAGUACGCAUGCAUGUGUGCAUAUCGGAUUUUUACGGUUCUCAGCCCACAAUCCUUAGCUGUGGGGAGCGUGGGGAGCAUUAUUAAAUCACCCUGUUCCUCCUGCCAGACAAAUGCAUAUUCUAGCUCCAUGUAUCUAGAGAUAGUUACAUUGGUU